GCGUUUUGGUUAGUCUGUCUGUCUGUCUGUCUGUCACAGAAAACGGUUUUGCGCAUCGCGACGCUGCUUCUAUCGGGUGGAAGCGCACGGUUUUGAGCCAAAGCUCGUCAAUAUCAGCCAGUCAGUCGGUCACGGAUCGUUGAGGCCGGUCCGGUCCGGUAUAUCACGACGACUUCCGCACCCGUCCGCUCUCUUCCUGGUCCUAAUCAAAGUGUUCCGCACACAUCCUCCUUUCGGUGCAAUUAUUUGCCCAGCAGCUCCAUCUGCAGCCGAUGGUAUCGAAGCGAAAGUGUAAUUUGCGAAUCGAAUCAGUAGUGCGCCCCCAAAAAUGUUCAAUAACGACGCUAACGUGCUAGUAGCGGCUCAGGUUCAGAAUGGCGCUGGACGGUGGCGAUGAGGCCACCAACAAAGACUCGAACAAUAACAACAACUGCCAUAAUAUUGCUGCCAGUGACAAUGAUACUCGACCGGAACUUCCGGAGUGCGAUUGUGUGUGCUCAUGUUGCUGCCAAUGUUUCACCUCCGAAAAUGAUGGACCACCAAAUCGGGGAACACAGGAAAGCCAAAUAACGACGACGACGACGUCGACGACUAUCGAUCGAAGCCAUGACUCGGACAAUACUCAACUGGUGGCGCAGCGUCAGGAGCAGCUGGUGGUGAGACGUCGUCGUCGAAAGCGCCGUGCCAAGUCCGGUAACAUCGAGGAGCUGCUGCUCGCCAAUGGGGACACGCGUCCCAAGGGUGAUGAUUCCAAAAGUCUAGUCAAACAACCACCGAAUCGACGCAACUCGGCCUACUGCGUCUGCAAGCUGGAGAUAAAAAUUGUCUGGUAUGAACUAUCGCAGGAUCUGCUGGACAAACAGAUCGAGCUGCUGGAGCGCAAGUACGGUGGUGUCAAAGCGCGCAAAGCCGCCCUCACGAUUCAGCGUGCCUUCCGGCACUACACAAUGGUGAAAAAGUUCGCUUCCAUUACUGCAAUGGCCAAGGCGGAGAAACGGAUGAGUCGCCGGGUGCAGCACCAGCAACAGCAGCAGGAACUGGAAAUGAUGCACCUCCAGCAGCAGCAACAACAACAGCAACAGCUUGGCGACGAUGGACAAAUGUACGAAGAUGGAAGCCUCGGUGGGCAGCGAGUUUGUGCCACAAUCACAGCUACCCCGCCGGGUACGCUACAUCACCGGGUGACGCCGGUCCGGUCCAUGUCCCUGAGGGAGCGGCGUAUGGAUUCGAGUCCGAUCCCGCGCAGCCAAUCCGGAAAUGCUUCGCCCGCUCCACCUGCCGCCAACAGUUCCUGGUCCCAAUCGCCGGGUCAGAUGACUACCACCUCAGUCAGUUCCCAGACGCCCUACUCCCACCCACAUGUAAAUAUUCUGCACCAGCAGCAGCAGCACUAUUUCGCCGGAAGCGGUGCUCCCGGACAGGUCUGCUCUUCGUCCUCACCCCACCAGCAAGUGUACCAAAGCCAGUAUGGAUCCCAGGAUCUGAACAUUAGCGGUGGAAGCUCGGUACUGGAUUCGACCGUAUCGUCGAUGAAUCUGUCCUGGAACUCGGGCAGUGUUUCCGGAGCAGCGAUCGUGGCCACCGCCGGAAGUGGAAGCACACACCAAAGUCCUUAUACGCCACACUACAGUGCAGCCCAAAUCUAUAUGCGUCCACGUGGUAUCGGUAUUGGCAGCUCUGGGGGAAGUUCUGGAUCUGCCGGAAGCAGUAGCAGUGCUAGCUGUAGUCGCAAAGUGCCACCGGAAGUACCAAAGAGAACGUCUAGUAUUACGUCAGCCCAGCACACCCCCAACCGAUCACUGAGGCCGAAUGGUUUAUGUAAAACCGCGGAGAAUGGUUCGCUCAGCUCGGUUCAGUCAUCCGGUAGUGAUUCGUCGGCUUCGGCCGAAAGGAUACAGGGCGGCGGAGAGUUAGGUUCGGACCGAUCCAGCUCACCACAGUGGAAACGGAAAGGUCCUGGAAGCUGCACCGGUAGUACCGGUGGAAUUGCACUGACGGCCCAGAGUCCGGACCACAUGCUGGGUCCGGUGGUCGGUGGAGGUGUAGGCGGUGGACCGGGUAGUGCCAACGUUACCAUCAGCAGUAUCGAGAACGAGUGCCUGAGCUCGCACACCAGUGCGGCACAGUACUCGAUAGAACAGCACGAUCAGAUCGUCCAUACUCCAACCAGCUACAAGGUUUCGGAAACCAUCCGAAAGCGUCAGUAUCGAGUUGGGUUGAACCUGUUCAACAAGAAACCGGAAAGAGGCAUUACAUAUCUUAUCCGUAAAGGCUUCCUGGAGAACACCCCCCAAGGGGUGGCCCGAUUCCUUAUAUCGCGCAAAGGAUUAUCGCGGCAGAUGAUCGGUGAAUAUCUGGGCAACCUGCAGAAUCCCUUCAACAUGGCGGUGCUCGAUUGCUUCGCUGGGGAGCUGGAUCUCUCCGGAAUGCAAGUGGACGUGGCGCUGCGCAAAUUCCAGGGCUACUUCCGUAUGCCGGGCGAGGCUCAGAAGAUUGAGCGUCUUAUGGAGGUGUUCUCGACCCGCUACUGCCAAUGCAACACCGACAUUGUGGCUCGGCUUCGAUCGCACGAUACUGUCUUUGUGCUAGCCUUUGCCAUCAUCAUGCUCAACACGGAUCUGCACACGCCCAAUCUUAAACCGGAACGACGCAUGCGGUGUGACGAUUUCAUCAAAAACCUUCGGGGCAUCGACGACUGUCACGACAUCGAUCGGGACAUGCUGACCGGGAUCUACGAGCGGGUGAAGGCGAACGAGUUUAAACCGGGCUCGGAUCACGUCUCGCAGGUGAUGAAGGUGCAGGCCACGAUCGUCGGCAAGAAGCCAAACCUGGCGCUACCGCACCGCCGACUGGUGUGCUACUGUCGGCUGUACGAAAUCCCGGACAUCAACAAGAAGGAACGGCCCGGCGUUCAUCAGCGCGAGGUGUUCCUCUUCAACGAUCUGCUCGUUAUCACCAAGAUAUUCAGCAAAAAGAAGAGCUCGGUCACGUACACCUUCCGGAAUAGCUACCCGCUGUGCGGCAUGGUCGUCACGCUGCUCGAUAUACCAAACUACCCGUACUGCAUCCGGCUGUCGCAGAAGGUCGACGGCAAGGUGCUAGUGACGUUCAACGCCCGCAACGAGCACGACCGGUGCAAGUUCGCCGAGGAUCUGCGCGAAUCGAUCAGCGAGAUGGACGAGAUGGAAACGCUGCGCAUUGAGGCCGAACUGGAACGUCAAAAGUCCGCACGUGGUCAGCGCUCGACCAACAGCGAAAACAGGGACAGCGGGGUGGCCGAUGUGGAAGUUUGCGCUGGCGGCGGUCAGUUCCACCAUCAUCAUGGACACGGCAGUCAUCAUGGGCCAGGUAGUGUCGGAGGAGCAGCAGCCGGCAACGGUGGCGGCCCCCUAGUCGUCGGUGCUGGUGGGGUCCUGGUGGGAGGUGGCGUGUCGCCUAGCGAUUGCGGAAUUGCACACACACAUAGCGAAGCACAGUUGAAACGAAGCGCGCUUAGCAACUCACUCUUAGAUAUGCACGAACAAUUUGGUAAUGAGAAGCCGCAGCGCCGUGGUAGUGUUGGCUCUUUAGAUAGUGGCAUGUCGAUCUCGUUUCAAUCUACCUCCGCGAGCACCGGUUCCCGUAACGACAUCAAGGUCGUCCGGAUGCUACCACACAGCAACACAUCCGGCCAGAUAAUCAUCCAUGCCGGGCAGCAUCCGGUGGCACUGAGCGGUGCAACCCUCUACCCGCAGCAUCAGCACAUGAUGGCCGGCCCCCAACAGCAGCAGCAGGCAGUUGUGGUCGGCGGUGGCCAACCGCUGAAUGGUGUCCUCCACCAAGGACCUCAGCAACAGCAGCAGCCUCAGCAACCCCAAUCAGGAGCAGUCAUACGACGGGAACGGAAAGUCUCUCGCUCCGAGGAUGCAGUACCGGGAGCGACCCCCGGUGCCAACAUUGGACGCUCAACCGAAGUCUAAGAAGAGAAACUAACUUUGUGUAUACAUACCCCUUAUAGAUUAUGGGAGAAAAUCCCACUCUGUAAUACUUAUUUGUACAUAGUUUGAACAAGGAUACAAUCUAGAACCUAGCAAAGACACAAACCAAAACGAUCUUUCCUCUUGUAGUAGUUCCGUUACAACAGAAAAACAAUAUCAGAACCGAAUAGCCGUUUUUGUCCCUUCCAAGCCAACUGAUAAUAUAGCGUUUAAAGACCUAAACCGUAAACCUCCAUCCAGGUUUUCGCAAUUGCUUCGAGAAUCAAUCCACUUGGCUGGGCUCAAACUACAAAACGUGCUGUACAUACUUUUCUGUAACAAGCUAUUAACCUAAUUUAAAAAUUUUAAACCUAUUAGGAAAAACUGUGUGAUUUGACCCCCCAAUUGAAUAGUAAAACAAACAAAAAAUAAAACCAUCCUAAUGUUGUACCAUCUGAUUAGCUAAUAUUUUUGCAGUUACGCACCUUCAAAAAUUGUUAAAGCAGCCAACAGCUUUGAUUAUCUUGAUAGGUUUUGAAAAACCUAUACAGAAUACAAUAAUUAAUAUACAUAAAGGUACAUUUGAAGCAAAUCUUAUUUAAGCUAACUCUGAAAAAUAGCAACAGAUUGAUUUGAAACAAACUGAAGAAGUAAUCAUGUUCGUCAAUCGAUUUUUUUUUUCAUUUCAACAAAAUAAAAAAAAACAGUUUCCAACUACCAGUUUAACCGGAAAUGAUUGAGAAUUUGCUAUUAAAUAUGGUAAUCAAUGGAUUUGAAAUCAAUUUUUCUCGGUAAAUGGACAAAGUUUAUUGACACGUAACGUUAAUUGAUGAGUAAGAAGAACUUAGCACACGUAACAAACAAACAAAAAACAGCAGAGACAAAAAAAAAACAAACCAUUAAUCAAACUAAGGUGUAGGCUAGGGUCAUUGUAAAUGUGAAUGUGAAAAGUUUAAAACUAAAAAAACAAACAGUAACAACUAUCAUGGAAAUGGGUUUAGCAGGAACAAAACGGUGAAGACGAAAGAAAGUUAAAAAAAAAACAAUCUGAAAGAAAUAACUAAAACAGAAAAAAUCUAAUAAUCUAGUCCUGUUCGAUAAAUGUAGUAAUUCGAUUAUUACACAAGAUGCCACAAGUGGGAUAAACAAAAUAAACAAAUAAAUAAAAAGAAACUAAUAUAUUCGUUUAAGCAUCGACAAACAAAUCCAACCAAGCCAAGGAAAUACAAAGAGUUGUAAUAUGAAGAGAAAUAAUUCCGACAAGCGAGCUAAACCGGGACAGUUUAAGAUUGAUCACAUCCACCACGAAAGCAUCCACACACCCAUCCGAUAUUUAACUUAACGUAAAUUGUUGUUCCCCCGUUCCUUUCUUUUUGCGAAACAAAUAAAUAUCGUAGGACCGAAAAUCCUUAACCAUUAAAAACCAGAAACUGGACGGAAAAUUACUAUAGAACAAACCAAAAAGAAAAAAAAUAUUACAAAACUUUGCACAAAGGCAAACCCAAAAAACGAGACAAAAAACAAAACCCUUAUCCUUGAUUGCAGUUUACAGAAACAAAAAUGACAACAACAGCAGAUCGGUCAGCUCCCCGGUGUUGUGUGAAUAUACGCAAAAAUACGAAUCUACAAAAACUCGAAAUUCCCAUGCAUACCAACAACAAUAAACAAUAAAAUUCUAUUGGAAAAAUAUCAAAUUGA